CCCUCCUUAUCCUGCGUUUCCUUUCCCGCUGCCGUCCUCGGACUACGAAUUGUUGUUGUCAGUACGUUUCGUCGCCUUCCGUGGGACGCAGGAAGCGCGAGCGUAGUCUGUUGGGUUUAGAGUCUUCGGAACUUCAAGGAAAGGGGUGUGGGCACGAGACACAGAGCGAUCGGACCUCUGUAGUGGCCCGUUGACACUUCUUCACUAAAGAGGCCGAUCUGCAGUCUCCUACCCGGUAUGGUUGUAGACGGCGAACACUGAAGUGGAACCUCCGCUUUCCAUGCAGGCAGCGGCGGGUGGGAAGUCGAGGCCGCGACAAAAAGAAAGCCUGCCGCCGUCACCAGUAGAACCGAGAGAAAUAGCAGUGGAAGAAUGUGAAACUGGUCUUGGUAUUGGAUAUAGAAAUGUCAGCAGAUGGAUCUUCUAAAAAUAUGAUGAUCAACUUGAUGAUCAAAGCAUAACUAAGAUGUUACCUUUGAAAAGGGCAUUGCCAAGAUGCAUUUGGCAGAGAAGAUGAGUUGUGCAUCUAUUUCAGAAAUCCUUAUAUGAAAAGACACAAGUUUAAGAAAGUGUCGGCAUUACUACUCGGAGAGUAUGGCAGGUUUUAAACGAGGAUAUGAUGGAAAAAUUGCUGGAUUGUAUGAUUUGGAUAAAACCCUAGGCAGAGGUCAUUUUGCUGUGGUGAAGCUUGCCCGACAUGUAUUUACAGGUGAAAAAGUGGCAGUAAAAGUAAUUGACAAGACCAAGUUAGAUACUCUUGCCACAGGACAUCUUUUUCAAGAAGUCAGAUGUAUGAAACUAGUGCAACAUCCUAAUAUUGUUCGUCUGUAUGAAGUUAUUGACACUCAGACCAAACUUUAUCUGAUCUUAGAACUUGGUGAUGGAGGAGAUAUGUUUGAUUACAUCAUGAAACAUGAAGAAGGUCUUAAUGAAGAUCUGGCAAAGAAAUAUUUUGCUCAGAUUGUUCAUGCUAUAUCCUAUUGCCAUAAACUGCAUGUCGUUCACAGAGACUUAAAACCAGAAAAUGUUGUCUUUUUUGAAAAACAAGGACUUGUGAAAUUAACUGAUUUUGGAUUUAGCAACAAAUUUCAACCUGGGAAAAAACUUACAACAAGUUGUGGCUCUCUUGCAUAUUCUGCUCCUGAAAUUUUACUUGGCGAUGAAUACGAUGCUCCUGCAGUAGAUAUAUGGAGUCUGGGAGUUAUUCUUUACAUGUUGGUAUGCGGACAACCACCUUUUCAAGAAGCAAAUGAUAGUGAAACUUUGACUAUGAUAAUGGAUUGUAAAUACACAGUACCAUCUCGGGUGUCCAAAGAAUGUAAAGAUUUAAUUACACGAAUGUUACAAAGAGAUCCCAAACGAAGGGCAUCUUUGGAAGAAAUUGAAAAUCACCCUUGGCUACAAGGAGUUGAUCCAUCACCUGCAACAAAAUAUAAUAUUCCUUUGGUUUCAUAUAAAAAUCUUUCAGAGGAAGAGCACAAUAGCAUCAUACAGCGCAUGGUUCUUGGAGAUAUUGCAGAUCGAGAUACUAUUGUGGAGGCUCUGGAAACUAACAAAUACAAUCACAUCACUGCUACCUACUUUUUACUAGCAGAGCGCAUUUUAAGAGAGAAACAAGAAAAAGAAAUACAAACCAGAUCAGCAAGUCCAAGCAAUAUAAAAGCGCAAUUUAGGCAAUCAUGGCCAACAAAAAUCGAUGUUCCCCAAGAUUUAGAUGAUGACCUUACAGCUUCUCCAUUGUCCCAUGCAGCUGUUCCCCAAUCUCCUGCUCGUAAUGCUGAAAAUGUUCUUAAUGGACAUAGAAGUAAGGCACUUGAGUCGGUCAAGAAAGAAGAUAUUCCUGAAUUGGCUGGACCAGCACUUUCAGUUGUUCCAUCAGUGAAUUUAAAACCUACAACUAGUAGUCGGAAGUGCCUAUUUAGAGUGGAAGAAGAUGAAGAGGAGGAUGAAGAAGAUAAAAAAAUUGUUUCUCUGUCAAAUCAAGUUGUUCUGCGUCGUAAGCCUUCUGUUACAAACCGUCUUACUUCCCGAAAAAGUGCCCCAGUUCUUAACCAGAUUUUUGAGGAAGGGGAAUCUGAUGAUGAAUUUGAUAUGGAUGAGAAUUUACCUCCCAAACUAAGUCGGCUAAAAAUGAAUAUUGCUUCACCCAGCACAGUGCACAAACGCUAUCACAGAAGGAAAAGUCAGGGUCGUGGAUCUAGUUGCAGUAGCUCAGAAACAAGUGAUGAUGACUCAGAAAGUAGGCGGCGUCUAGAUAAAGACAGUGGAUUUACUUAUUCCUGGCAUAGAAGAGAUAGUAGUGAAGGUCCUCCAGGAAAUCAAGGAGAUGGAAGUGGACAAGGAAAACCAAGCAAUGGAAAUGGAGGGAUUGACAAAACAAGUCCUGGUGAUAAUCAUAAAGAGGGUGGAAGUCCUUCCAGUGGCUCUAGUGGAAGCACGAAUAAUAAUUCAGGUUCCACUCGCAGAUGUGCAGGAUCUGGUAAUUCAGUGCAGUUGUCAUCAAGAAGUGCGGGUGAUCUGGUUGAAAGUCUCAAGUUGAUGAGCAUUUGUUUAGGUUCUCAUAUUCACAGUAGCACUAAGUACAUAAUUGAUCCCCAAAACAUUUCAUUUUCCAGUGUGAAGGUGCAGGAGAAAUCAACAUGGAAAAUGUGCAUAAGUUCUGGGAGUGUAAAUCCAGUUUCAUCUUUGAGCAGUAUAAAAUUGUUUUCUGACCAAAUGUCAGAUACAGCAAAUGAGUUAGAACGAAUAAAGAACAAGAACUUGAAAAAUAAUGUGCUACAACUACCUCUAUGUGAAAAAACAAUAUCUGUGAAUAUUCAGCGAAAUCCGAAGGAGGGAUUAUUAUGUACAUCAGGUCAGACAACUUGCUGUCAUGUUGUUUGACAAUAGUCAUAUUUAACCCAUUCUACUUGACAUCACCAAUCUUCCUGUUCAGAGCUGUGAAUACUUUAUUUCACUGAA